AUGCUUGGGCGAAGCGACGGCAGUUUAAGGUCCUCCGGGAUGCUGAAUUUUGUCCUCGCUGUGAUUUCCCUGAAUAGCCCAUCUCUGGUCUUGGGAUUGAAAACCACAUCAGGUUCACCUUGCGCAGAUGUGUGUGGUACAACGACCAACACUACAUCUUCCGAGAUUGCAUGUUUGGAUCUAUCGUACAAUCAAACAUCAGUAGGAAAAAGUUUCCAAAAAUGCAUCUCCUGCCAGUUGGACAGCGAGUUCCAUGAUGUGGAUACUGGAGAAUCGGAUGUGAACUGGGGCCUCUAUAACUUGCGCUACUCUUUUUCGACUUGUGUGUUUGGAUUCCCAGAUUCGAUCUCAAAUGUCUCAUCACCGUGCCCAGUUGCAUGCGAUGGCGUGCGUUUAGCAGUCAGAACCCACCUUGAGAACCCAGACGUAUCGAAUCUGAACUCGUGGUGUGAAACUCCGUCGUUCGCAGAUAACGUCGUCGACACCUGCGAGUUCUGCUACAACUUGACAAGCACACAAAUUUACAUGGCAAAUUUCCUCGAGUCCAUCCGCUACAACUGCCAUUUCAAGACAGAAACGGGCAAGCAGUUCAACAUAGCCCCAACCAGAAUCUUCAGCCAAUCCCUACUCCCCUCAAGCCUGUCACUUACAACACCCACCGCAAAAUCCUCAAACCUGAAUCUGGGUGUGGUGAUUGCUGUGCCAAUCGUAGGAUUCCUGAUCAUUGUCUCCUCGCUCGCGAUGUGUUGCUUCUUCUUUAUCCGGCACCGACGCAAGAAGACCCAUCGCAAUCGCCAGUUGUCCCAACCUUACCGUUGGAAUGAAGCAUCCUCACCCAGCAAUGCGCAGCAGCAGCAGCAAGCCUGGGCUGAGCAGCAGAUGUAUAACUCUGGCAAGUAUGGGCAUGGGUCAGGCUUUGCGUUCGUUGACAACGAUGGCCGCGGACAGGAGCUUCCGUAUGGCCAUGGCCAAGACCAACAUUAUCAAAGCCAACAGUACCAGCAGCACUUCCAGGGUCAGGAUAAGUCAGGUGUCUCGCAGGAUAUUAUCGAACAGCCUGACCAACAGCAGUACCAGCAGCAGCAGUAUGCUCAACAGCAGUAUCAGCAGCAGCAGCAGCAGCAGCAGCAGCAACAACAACAACAGCAAGAGCAGCAACAGCAGCAUGUUCCAGUUGAUCGCUCUCAGAUAUUUGACCCAGAUCAAAAGCAAAAGGAUCCUCAGUGGUAG